CUUGUCAUUUCGACCCCCAUAUACCCACAUAUUAUUCAGCUCUCGCCAUUUCGCUACAAUAUAGCAAGUGGAGAUGACUGAACAUGGGCGCCUUCGACCCCAUCAUCACUUAUGACAAGGCGACAUACAUCGAGACAGAUACAGGCAACAAAGUCUCUCGGAGGGCCCUGAUUUCUGGCGCCACCAACAUUGUUCUUGGAGGAAAGUCUAUCAUCCAAACAUCUGCCAUCCUCCGAGGUGAUCUUCGACGGUCGACAGCUGGGCAGCAUGUUGUCAUUACCGUUGGCAGAUACUGCCUCAUCGGUGAGGGUGCGGUCAUUCGGCCGCCUGGCAAGAUUUACGAGGGCGCGUUCACAUUUUACCCUGUGAGAAUAUCAGACUUCACCCAUAUAGGUCCCAACUGCAUAGUGGAGGCGGCGCAGAUCGGGUCUGGGGUAGAUAUCGGGGAAGGCAGUAUCAUAGGAAAGUUCGUGGUGAUCAAAGAUCUUGCGGUCAUAUUGCCUGGCACAGUACUUCCUGAAGGAACAGUGGUUGCUUCGAUGUCAGUAUGGGGCGGAAAUCCAGGGCGCAUAGUGGACACUCUCCCCGAGACUUACCAGGAGACGAUGGAAGCACGAUGCAAGAAUUACUAUCAACGCUUCCGACCCGCUCCUUAACCAGCUUAUGAUUAUACUGUACUAUAAGACAAGAUACCAUGCAUAAUGUCAU